GCAUCUUUUGUUCUCCAUUUUUGAACACUCCUUUUUCUGGAAGAGCAAGAAAUAUUAGAACACUUGUAGGGAAAAUUUAACAAAGAAAAGGCUAUAUAUGUCAAUGGCAAAGAACCUUCAAAAGCAAACCCAACAAAAAAAAAGCUUGAAAUUUGCUCACACAUCCCCCAAAAACUUUCCUCUCCAUUGCAUCUUCUUUCCUCUUCUCUCUCCACUUUUCCUUAACCCCUAAGUCUUCUUUCCUUCUCAUCCUCCCUCUUCUUCUUUUUCUUCAUCUUCUUCUUCAUUACUUUGCUGCUAAACAAACAGCAUUUGAAGAACAAAGCUUUCUGUUUGUGUUUAGCAAUGGCAGAUACAGACUCGUACAUCAAACACCAAAAGCUAGUUAAUUCAGAUCAAAACCAACAAAACCCAAGUAAGUUUUACUAUCAUUUUCUCUAUAAAGCUGCAAUAGUUACAGUUUUCUUGAUUAUUCUUCCACUUUUUCCAUCACAAGCUCCUGAGUUCAUAAACCAAACUGUGUUCACAAGAAGCUGGGAGCUUCUACACCUUCUUUUCGUCGGAAUAGCCAUCUCUUACGGGCUAUUUAGUCGUCGAAACGACGAAACAGAGAAAGAAAAUAAUAGCUCUAAAUUUGACAACGCCCAAUCAUAUAUGUCUAGAUUCCUUCAGGUAUCUUCUGUUUUUGAUGAUGAUACCGAAAUCCAAUCCGGGUCUGAUGAAAACAAGAUCCAAACAUGGAGUAGUCAGUAUUAUAGGAAUGAACCUGUUGUUGUUGUCGCUCAAGAGAACUCUGUUGUUGAUGAGCAAAGAGGUAGCAGUUCGAGAAUCAGUGAAAAGCCAUUGCUUUUGCCUGUUAGGAGCUUGAAAUCCCGUGUUCCUGACACCGACGGCGGCGUAGUAUCUGUAAAUGAAACUAGUUCAAAUUCUGUCCCUCUUGGUAGGUCUAAUUCGAAAACCGUUCCGAGAAGGUUUUCGAUCAAUUCGAGUAGGAGUAGAAAUGGAGAUUUCGGAGGUUUAGAACAUCAAGAACUGGAGGAUAAGUUGAAGGAAAAUGUUGUUCUUCCUUCGCCGAUUCCAUGGCGAUCGAGAUCAGGAAGGAUGGAAAUGAAAGAAGAUGUUGAUAAUAAUAGUCCUCCCCUGUAUACUCCGCCUCCUUCAAUGGAGGAAUCUGAAUUCAAUCGGGUCGAAUCUCGGGUUUCCCGGACCCAUGUUUCCCGUUCAUCUCGACCCAAUUCAAAGAAUUCUUCCCCAAAGCUAUCUCCUUCACCAUCACUCUCUUCUCCGAAGAAGUUAACUCCAUCUUCUUCCCUUUCGUCGGAGUCUCAAGCGAAAAAUGCAGAGGACUCUGUGAAGAAGACCUUUUACAUGUCUUCUCCACCUCCUCCACCGCCACCGCCUCCACCAAUGUUUCAAAGAUCUUCAACUUUGAAACCAAGUUCCGGUUAUAUUAAUGGUGUGGUUUCGUCGGAGAAAGAGUUUCGGCGAAGCUUCACAAGCGAAUCAAUGGACUUGAAUUGGAGGAGUGGAGAAACUUUUGGAGGCAGAGUGAAUUCAGCUGCUGAAUCCCAGCUUAGAAGCCAGUUUGAUAGUUUAUCAAUGGGAAGAUCGGUCAGGACAAUCAAACCCGGCGAAAAUGUUUCAGGCAGAGGCAGAGAAAUAGUAGGAGAGAGAGGACUGAAUGGAAGAGUGGAGAGAAAAGUCCUAGAAACAACUACUUUGAUAGGAAGAAAAAGGGUAGGAUUUGAGGAUCAAACAUCUUUCAAGACUGAACAUCUGAACCGUGGAAGUGUUUGGAACCCGAUUUACGGGGAAUUUCAGGAGCAAGAGGAGGAGGAGGAGGAAGAAGAAGAAGAUCUUGCCGUGGAGGCGUUAAUCGAAACAGAAGAAGAAAUGGACAGUGAAGAUGAUGAUCAAAUUGGAGGAGGUUUCAUGCAGAAUGACAUUGGAGAAAAUACAAAGCUGAGUCCAAAAAAUGAGCCAACUCCUUCAGGCAGUGUAAGUGAUGGAGGACCUGAUGUGGAUAAGAAGGCUGAUGAAUUCAUAGCCAAGUUCAGAGAGCAAAUUAGGCUUCAAAGGAUUGAAUCUAUUAAAAGAUCGAGUGCACAGAUUAGCAAAAACUUGUCCAGGUAAAAUUGGAAAUUUCUUCAGCUUCUUUUUAGAGUCUACACAGGAAUUACAAACUUUGUGUUUAAAAAAAUUUCCUCCCUCUUGAAAUUAUGCCUCUCAAAUUGACUUUGAAUAUCUUAGCUUUUGUUUGAGGAUUUAUGGUAUACAGAAAUUUUCUUGUUCUUGUUCUUAGAGAUUGAUUCUCUUGGUCUUUGGUUAUGGUUUCAGUUUGUGCUUUGCACAGUUAAAACCUGAUGUUUAUUUCAUGUCAUUUCUUCUGGGAUAAGCUCAUGUAUUUAAUCUUUCAAACAAGCUCAAAAUUCAUGUACUUUCUAUGUAGAUCAGGAUUGAAUUUUGUCUUUA